CUGUACAGGAAGUACUAAAGAGUGCUGGGAUAUUUAAAAAAUGGCGACUACCAUGAACGCGCACGGAAUUACGAAACUUAUACUAUUACCCCGGUUUUGCCGUAUUUCCCUUCAAAACUCAAACGCUUACAGGAUACAGAGCUUAUCAUCUGAGGCUCAUGAAGAGAAACCUGCAGAAACAGUACAAAAAGAGGACAACACAAAGCCAGAGUUAAGUGAGAAUGAGAAGAAGUUAGCAGAAGAAAAAGCUAAGCUUGAAAAUGAUCUGAAAGACACAAUGGAUAAGUAUCGUAGAGCACUUGCAGAAGUUGAAAAUACUCGAACAAGGUAUCAGAAACAGCUUGACGAUAGCAGACGAUUCUCCAUUCAAGAUUUCUGCAAAGAUUUAUUAGAGGUUGCAGAUAUCUUGACAAAGGCUACAGAGAGUGUACCUAAAGAAAAAAUAAACUCAAAUCCACACUUGAAGGAUCUUUUUCAGGGUGUUACCAUGACAGAAACUCAAUUACAAAAGGUUUUUUCAAGAAACAAGCUCUUUAAAAUUGAUCCUGUAGGCGAGAAAUUUGACCCAAACCAACACGAGGCAUUAUUUGAAUCUGUUGUUGAGGGGAAGGAACCUGGAACUGUAGCUGUAGUAACCAAAGUUGGUUACAGAUUACAUGAUAGAACAAUACGUCCUGCUCUUGUAGGUGUCGCAAAGGCACCUUGACAGUAAAUUCUUUCCUAACCAGUCAUAGUUGUCAGAUCCCAGAAACCACAAUAUAGGGAAUUGCACCAUCUCAGCUUCCCCAUGGUUUGGGACUGAGGUACAAUUUUUUUGGCCAUUUUGACUCUCGAGAGUAAAAUCUGAAUGUAAUAUAUAGUUUCUCUUUUUACUUUUAAUUUCCAAAAAAUUAGGGGCCUGGCCCGGGAUUUAUCAAUCUCAGCUUAGCAAAUGUCUUAAGUCAAAAAAGUUUGGAUGUCCCUAAGCAGAUAUCUUGAGCUGAUUUAUCGAACUAUCUUAGCAAAAUCUUAGCUUAAAAAUCGUCGUCUUAGAUGGUUCAUGAAUAAAAUCAACUUUUUAAUUUUAAGCAAUUUUUGAGUUAAAUCAAUAUUGAAAAAAUGGACUUAAGAUGAAUUUAAGCAGAUUUCUAGUUUGAUAAAUCCGGCCCCAGUCCCCAGAAUAAUAUGCAUUAUUUGCCAUAUAUAAUAAAGCAAUGUCGUGUCAAAUACGCAAUGGAAGCUGAAUGUACAGUAUAUUAACUACCAUGUUGUCAUAUACCAAAAAUCCGAAGUAAAGGGGUGGGGGUUCGAUAGAGGGUAAAAACAUUAUAUGGCUAUGACACUCUAGCUAGUUUGAUCAGGUAAAUUUUUAUUUAUAGUCUAACAAAGCUAGCUAGCUGUCAAUAAAAUUAUUUUGGACAAGGAGAUGCUGCAUGUUAUUUUUCAUUUACAAUUGUUACAGAUACACAAGACUAAAACUACUAGAAUCAGUAAGCUCUUAUAUUUAAUGCAUCAUGGCAAUCUAAUUUGGGAAGUAACAAUUAUUAUAUAAUUAUACACAUUGUCAUCAUAUAAACAUCUGUGGGAUCUACAAUGAAAUAAUGGCAUAUUACAGAAUACAGUUAUGUGCAUAGCUCUCAUAGUCAAAUAAAGAUAUAUGGACUUACUGUACUGUUAUCUUGUGUGUUCUUUUAAUAAUAGUGUAGUUUUAUCCAUCUAACAUAAGAUGCUCAG